AUGCAGAAAUUCGGCGGUCCGAAGCGAUUCACUCAAAUGGUGUGUCAUCUGCACGACGGUAUGAUGGCGCGAGUCACGAACAACGGAGCUGUCUCAGAGGCAUUCGCAGUGACCAACGGCGUGAAGCAGGGCUGCGUGCUGGCGCCUACCCUCUUCAGUCUUAUGUUCUCUGCCAUGCUGAUGGACGCCUACCGCGACGAACGCCCUGGAAUCCGCAUCGCCUACAGGACGGACGGUCAUCUCUUGAAUCAAAAUCUGCCAAAAUACCUAUGA